GCGCGACAGUUCUACCCCGACCAUUGCCGGUUGAUUUUCGCGAGAAGGCGAUCGCGUACACGAGGUAACGACGGGAGGACGAUAUCAUCCCGACAGUUCGGGAACGGUCGAACGACGGAUCCGGUCCUGAUCCGGAACGAUUCGACCGAGUUUCCGAGCUCCUCGGAGCAUCUCGUACGUCGAUGUAAAGCGCGACGCGCGCUCUCGACGCUGCUCGAGAUCGUCCAACAGAUACCUCUCGAGAUUGCGUGACGACACGACACGAGACGAGCCAACAAGAGGGAGAAAUAAGAAAGAAGAGGUGGCGAGAGUGGCGUGUGACGAGCGACGAGAAAAACGCAGAAGAAGGAACGAGACAAGUCGCGAAGGAGAAUAAGAGGGAGAUUCGGUCGGGAACACGGGGAAAAACCGUGUCGGACUACGAUACAUCUGGAGACCGUGUUGAAUCGGGCGAGAUCGUUGCCGCUACCGAUUUUACGAAACCGAAACGCCGCAGAACGCGUUUCGAUCCCGAACGCGUACGACCUUUCGGUUUGGAACGAGCGGCAAAUUCGAAAGCCAAGUUCUCCUCGUCCCCGAAUCGGCGCUAAAAAUCGUCGUCGACGGCUACCUUCUCUCUACCGAUCUCGGUCGCCAUUACGGUUACCGUUACGAUCUCAAAUCGGCUCCUUCGUUUCGAAGUCUUUCGUUCGAUGCUUUGAUCCAGAGCCGCUUUGAGUUUUCCCUUGAUACGACGAUCGGUAUCGGAAUUGCGUUUACCAAACUCGUGACUGCGUCGUGGUAGGCGUCACAGCGUCGAUCGCCGCGAAUAAGACGAAUAAUCUUCGGUCCCGCGCGAAUCUUUUGCCAUUUCGACUGUCUGAAGUUUCGAGUCGCAUGUGAGUGCGUGUGUGUGAGUGCGCGUGCGUGCGUACGACCAACUUUCGAUCGGCCUUUGCAGGACGAGACCGAAGAUGACGAAAAAUGAAGAAAAGAAACGAACGAACCGAUGAUCGGAAAAUCACCUGAGGAAAACUGUAACGAAAGAACCUGAUCAUCGUAAAAGAAAUACGCCGUGUCGAUUACGUAGCUCGUUGCGACGCAUCGCGCGUCGUCGAUCGAGAUCGAGCAAGUGACACGACGCGACGUUCUCGGACGAUGAAACGAACGAGUUAACAACGCGACGCGUUACGACCGAACCUUUUCGGUCGUGUUCUAGCUUUAUCUUUAGUACCAUUGUGUUCGAUACCAAAUAGUUGUUACGUAUCUAUACAUACAUAUAUAUAUAUAUAUAUAUUAUACACACACAUACACAACGCGUGCUUCGGUUCUCACAAGCACUCAGACGCGAGUACGUACGCGAAGAUCAGCGGCGCGCGUCAAUCUAUCUAUGUACAUGUCUCGUUACUACAUUAAAGAUUAUAGAAUGUUAUGCGUUUAACGAUAAUCAGUUCGAAUAGAAGGGGAAGUAAGACGCGGAACGCUGGAAGCGUGCGAAACACAAAGAGUCAAGUAUAUAGUAUAGAAAAGCGCGAGAGUCGCGACUUUCCGAGAUAUCGUUCGAUGGGUAAGAUAUGGUCGAUCGGGCCGUACGAAGAUAAUCGAAUUGAAGAUAAAUUGCCAGAACGUUAAUUAUUUACCGCUUGAUAGUCGGUCCCUUUAUGCGUGGCUCGAUUCCUGGCACUCGUCGAAUACAUCCCAUUCCGCGAUACUUACCACCCACCCCUGUGGCCUAAUUCUUCUCGUUUCAAUCUCUCUUCCUUUCCUCUGUUCUUUCCCUUUACCACUCUCCCCUCUCCACUCCCCUCUCUUUCUCUCCCUCUCCCUCUCUCUCUCUCUCUCUCUCUCUAUCCUCCAUCUAUCCAUCCUUUCCUCUCUGGUCGUUACCGUAAAGUUCUUUCAUUUCCUUCUGGACAAACUCUCGGAAAGCGAGCUCUCACGCGCGAUGCUCAAUUAAACGCAAGUACAAAGACUCGCGAAAGCAGAAACUCUAUUUUUCCGAAUCGCGCGAAUGUAAUUUACUCCGUCGACACGCAAAAACAACUCGUCCAAACUCAAGUAUAACGGAUGCGUCACUAAAAGAAGCUACCUCAAAACAUCGCUCUAAUUUCUGUUUGAUCGGCACCGACGCCGACCAGCCGUGGAUUUCCUUCCUCGAACGUUUCGUCGAAUCGAGAUCCGAACGACUCGCGAGACCGAAAGAGUCGAGGCGACGAGACGUACACUCGUGAUGGCACAUCGAGCGUCGGUACGACGUAACGAGAGGGAUAUGUUGUGCCGUUUCGGGACGACGACUCGCGAGCAUCGUCGGAGCAAUGCCGCUGCCGACGGGGGAAGUUGAUAUGCUCUUGUUGUCUGAGAGUAUCGGAACAUCCAUACCGGAGGACGAAAUAACGAGGAAAAACAAAAGCAAUCAUGUCGUGGGAAUCUGUCUCUUCGAGAGAUUACCUCGGCGGACCGGCCAGUCAUCAACUCUCCGCAACCGCUCUGCUGGGAAGUCCGGACGGGUCGCGGCAUCCGCUGGACGUCUGCGAAUUCACCGAAGACGACUAUCGUCAUCAGAAUUCGAACGGAAACGGCCAUUACCAGAACGGCAGGUCCGGCUCUGGUCUCUGGGAAUGUCUGAUAGGCUGCAGACGUCGCUUGGACCAGCACAUGGCUCGGAGACGGGUGGAACAAGGCUUGAAGCUGUAUCGCGCUCACAAACAGCAGGCUGCCGUUCGCAAAUGGAGGGGUGCAUUGAAGAACAUCAGGCAACGAGAGGAUAAGUUCGCUCUUCUCGGCUAUCUGUAUCAAGCCUAUAUGGAUUGGGGCAAGUAUAGAGAUAGCAUCGACUUCGGGCACAAACAGUUAUGCAUUUCCGAGGAGUUGGAUUCGCCGAACAUGCGGGCAGAAGCGUACUUAAAUCUGGCAAGAGCGCACGAAAGAUUGGGCGCGCUCGAUAGGGCCUUGGAUUAUGCCAGACAUAGCUUGUACAAUGAAUGCGACCAGUGCGCGACUGCUGGAUUGGUUCACCUGACCGUAGGCAGAGUUCACUUGGAAUUAGCAGGAUUUUGCAAAGCUUUGGAAGCUUUUCAGAGAGCUCACAAAAUUGCUCACUCGAUUCAGGACCCGUCGUUGGAAUUGCAGGUAUACGUUGGAUUGUCAGAGCUGUUCUCCAGAUUACACGACGCCGACAAGAGCGCCAGGUACGCGGCUAGAGCGUACGACCUAUCGAGAAGUUUGCAGCUAGGCGACUUAAACUCCCGACAUCAUAGGGCGGCUCUCCUUCAAAUGGCAGCGGCGCUUCGAAAAAAAGGAGAACUCGGCGACGCCCACGAUUACUGUUCGGAGGCAACGCGAUUGUCCCUUGUUUCUGGGGAUCAGGCUAGCUACGCCAGAAGUAUACGAAUAAUGGGAGAUAUUUAUAGGAAAAAAUCCGACAUAAAUAAAGCAUUCCGACAGUACGAGAGCGCGAUGGGUUCCGCGGCAGCGACCGGAGAUCGACUCUGCCAAAUGGAAGCUAUGGACGGUGCCGCGAGGUGUCUCGAGGCUCUUCGACUCCAACACAAAAUAUGUAACUGUCGUCCACUCGAAUUCAACACCAGGCUGCUCGAAGUAGCUGGGUCGGUCGGUGCGAAGUUCCUUGUAAGAACCGUGAGAUCGAGGCUCUCGCGAAUUUACGGUUCUCUCGGAGACGAAGAGCAGAAGGCUCAUCACGAGAGAUUAGCCACGGCAAUGGAAGAAGAUUUAGAAUUGCGAUGCGGUGGCUGCAACGAGCCUUUCGGCCUCGAAGCCGAUUCCUUGGAAGCGCUGCCUUGUUCCCAUAUACUGCAUGCCAGGUGUGCGUACGAUAUCUUGAAGAGACGCGACAAAAAGAAGAAACGUCUGUGCCCCGACUGUCACAAGUCCGUUAGUUCACGAUUGUACCUGCAUUGCGAAGAUCCUCACGGCAUGAAUACUUUGAAUCACAGUUCCUUGAGUCUGGCGUCGUUAAGAGCCAGCAGUCUAGCCACGUUGGACGACUGUCACGUCACUAGCAGCGUUUAAACCUGGCGAUACCUUGAUUGCAUCUACUUACUUAAGUACUUGCGAUUUCGUUUUCCAGCUCGAUAACGCGCGCGCUCUUCGACAACGUUCGUCGUUCACCGCUAACGUUUCGCACGAGUGCAAACGCAGGAACACACGCAUGCGCAAAUGCAAGCGCGCCCACUCCUAUAUCCCGAGCCCGAAGGUGCAUAUGAGCAUACACGUUACCCUAUUAUAUUUCAAAUUUUCCGGGUAUACGGAGUAUCGAGCUUGCACAGUCUGCCAAUUAAGCGAUUAGACUUAAUGUUCUUUAACGCGUGGAUCAUCGUUCAACGUUUAAAUUAGGAUGAAGAAAUUUAAAGAAUAUUAGCACGAUUCAAAAAGACUUGAUGGCAAUAAAAAUGCACAUUCAAUUCA